UCGUUUAAGAAUUCUGUUCUGACAAGAUAGUUUUAAGAAUGAUAUCUAAUUUUGAUAAACUUUGCGUGGAUUUGGAAAAACAGGAAUUAGAAGCACCCACUGGAGUGGCUUCAGCUUCUACGUAUGCUCAGCUGUUAGUCAUUUACUUGUAUCAGAAUGAUCUAUGUAAUGCAAAGUUUUUGUGGAAAAGAAUUCCACAAAGCAUCACGAGUAGUAAUCCCGAGAUAAAUGCUAUCUGGGCGGUUGGACAGAAACUGUGGAAGAAGGAUCUUGCCGGAACAUACCAAGCUCUAGCUAGCUACAAUUGGACUGAACCUGUAGCUAAUAUUAUAAGAGCACUUGAAGAGAGAGUCCGCGAGCGAGCAUUCUUCCUAAUUGGACGCUCCUACAACUCCAUAUCCUUGGACACCGUGGUAUCCAUGACCGGGCUGAGCCGGGACGCGGUGCUGCACGCCUGCGCCGAGCGUAAGUGGACGCUGCGCGAGGACGGCGUCACAGUCGACCCCACGCCCCCCGCCCAGCCCGCCCCGCUACACACCUCCAGCGAAGACCAACUCUUCAAACUCACCGAGUUUGUGUCGUUCUUAGAAAAUUAAGUAAGUGCUUUUAUAUCUUAAGUUCAGUGAGAUGACAACUUAAUAUUGGUAUAUUUAAAUAAGUUUCGUAAUAAAUGAUAUUAUAAA